AUGGCAACAGAAGGAGCCCAGAGAGUGACGGAGGACAGUUCUGACAGUGAUGACAGCAUGAGUGGAGACCGCCCAAAUUUGUCUUCUGAGGAGACAGCACUUUCUGAUGAUCUUCUGAAAAACAGUGAAGAGUUUAUAAGACUGUAUGAAGAACAUCAGCCUGAACUCCAGCAGGUCAUCAAAGAUCUGGAAAAGAGCUCUGAUGUAUUUUUAGAUAAAUAUGGAACAGCAACUCGUGCGAGUAGAACAGGGGGACUAGUCGGAGCAGCAGGAGCUGUUGGAGCUGGAGCUGCACUUUUAUUGGCUCCUUUCACUGGUGGUCUUUCCUUGGUUCUGGGGGCAGCGAGUGUGAGUGCUGCUGUUGGUGGUGGAGCAACAAGUUUUAAAAGUAACUCUGACAAAGAAAUUGAACAGAAAAAAGCUGUGGAUGAGGUGGAGAUCGCUCUGAAGAAAUUCAACACAACAACUGAUAGAGUCACCAACCGCCUGAAGAACGUCUGUAAUGAUGUUGAGAAGAUCUGGCAGUAUCAGAAUGAUGAACAGUCUGGCUCAGUUAAAUGUGGAAUAGAACAUUUCAGAAAGAGUGUUGAAGAUCUGUCAGAGCUAGCUAAACUGUUUUCACCAGGGGAUCUUCGGAGACUGUUAGAUCAAGGAACACAAACAGUAGAUAUACAGAUAUUUGCAGGAUCAUUUAUUACAGCUCUGCUUACUAUGAUUGGUUUUAUCUUUGUCUUUGAGGAUAGCAGAACACUCAGAGAUUUUGAUAAACUGAAGGCACAAUCCUCAGUACGGGAGGCGGAACUGGAGUCAAAAGCAGGAAAGUUCAUUUAUAAGCUGAGAGAAACGAAUCAACAACUACAGAACACCUUAAAUGAACUGAAAACUUCAAAAUCAGAGGUAGAGAGAGUGAUCAUACGCAAACUUAAACAGCAGAAGGAGGCAAACAAAUAA